UUUCUUUGUCAUGUUUCAGCUUUGCUUUGAUUGGACAGCAUGCUAAAAAGGCGUGUCUUGGUGUAUGUAUUACAACCCAGACAGAUACCAGAUUGGUUUAAAAAAGGGUGAAACCGUUCCGACUGAGACUGAGUUUUUAAUCGAAUCAUAGGGGAGAGAGUGGUAACAGAAAAAAAAAGAAGUCAUUUUGAAGAAUGGGUGCACUGAAAGGUUUGGUUGCUUUCAUCUUGGUGUGUAUAUACACACAGGUUUCAGCUGAAACGGCGUUCACAGCAUCAGUGUUCGCAGAGACAUCCAGGAGCGUAACUCUCCGAUGGGACAGCUAUCCCGGAGCCAGCUCCUACCUGAUCAGCGUGUCCCUAGAUGGCUCGCAAGAUGUCAUUGCUUUUGUCCAAUUUGGUGGAAACACAGUGAUGGGCACCGUCAACUCUCUGUCCCCCAACAACAUCUAUGUCUUCACUCUUCAACCUUUGGAUGUUAACCAAGACCCGCUGAACAUUACAACUGUUUGGUCAUUAACAGCUCCCGAGGUGAUGGAUCCCAUCCAGACAGUCAAGCCAAAGGAUAGCCAAACGUUAAUGGUUGAAUUCAACUCGGUUACAGGAGCCACUCAUUACAUUGUACGUGUCCAGAAUUCAGCGGGGUUUUUUAGGGAGGACACAAUUUCUUCCUCCCCAGCUGAGAUCAUUUCCCUCACGCCCUACACCGAGUAUACGUUGAGCAUCAUGGCGGGGAACGACGGAGGUCGCAGCCAGCCGUCUCCCUCUGUGACCGGAAUGACAGUUUUGCCCCCUCUUCAGCCCAUCACUUCUUCUCCCAGCAACGACAGCAUUUUGAUAUCCUGGGACCCGAUGGACGGUGCCGUCCAGUACACCGUCAUCCUGUACGAGGAUUUCUCCAACACCACCGUCAAGCAGAACACGAGCGGCACCAAUCUGACAGUGUCGGGACUUGACGCCGGCGCCCUCUUCACCAUCAUGGGCUACGGCUGGGAUGCGGAACAACGAAAGGGAGAGGCCGGUUUGUACGUCAACCAGACGACACGACCUCCGACGCCGGAUUCCGUCCAAGUCUCCGUGGCGACCAUCGGCGAGCAAGCUGCGCUGUCCGUGUCCUGGGAAAUCAAGCGGGAGCUUCAUGGCAGCGUUGAGUACCGUGUGAUGAGCAGCCAGAACCUCACUUGUAGCGCCUCAUCCAGCCCUUGCGUCCUCUCGCCGGUCACGUGCGGAGAGGUGCACGUUAUCCAGGUGACGGCAUCCAACGACGCAGGAGCCGGCUACCCUUCGAGUCACGUGGAGUUCAUUACCUUCCCCUGCCCACCCAAAUCUUUAUCUUUGGUGGAGUCCGUGGAAGGAAACUGCACGCUGUCCUGGGCUCCGGAGCCCUACGCGGAGAACUACACGGCCUACGUGAAAACGGCCGACGGCGGCGAGGAGACUUGCAACACUACCAGCCACAACUGCACCUACCGCUGCCAAUGUGGCUACAUGUUCCACAUGUACGUGUUUGCCUACAACCACGCCGGCUCCAGUCCUCGGGGCCCUAGCGUCAACCACACCACCCUGCCCUGUUGUCCAGAGGACGUGUCCGUCUCCCCGGUGAGUACGGACACUCUGGAGAUCACGUGGACGGCGUCUCGGGGAGCAGAUCUGUACGAGACCCGGGCGGCGGAUCUUUGGCGAGUCGUCCUGUGCAACGACACGGCGCCGGUGUGCGCCCUCUCCGACCUGAGCUGUGACAGUACCUACAGUGUGCUGGUGACACCCUGCAAUGACUUGAGCGGCUGUAAUCCCAAAUGCAAAACUCACACCAAAGACACAGCCCCCUGCGCGCCCACCGAUAUCCGUCUGGUUCCGAAGAACUCGUCCUGCGUCAGCGUCAGUUGGACCGCAUCCAAUCGUGCUGCCAAUUACAGUGUGAGCGCUGUGGGAGAAGAUGGCGUGCACACCUGCACCGCUAGCGGAAGCAGCUGUGACAUCGCAGGUCUGCCCUGCGGAUCCGUCUACGAGGUCAGCGCCAUAGCCACCGGCGCCGUCGGACAGAGUUUACCCAGCUACUGGGAAAGGCUGGAAACAGAACCCUGUUGUCCGGCCAGUCCCACUGUGCACCAGGUGACUCAGGCCAUGACCAACGUGUCGUGGUCUGACGCUAAAGGCGCUUCCACGUUUGUGACGACGUUGACAUCGCCGCGCGGUCACGCAAGCUGCCACACCCAGGACUACCACUGUCUCAUGGGCUGCAUCACUUGUGGCACAAACUACACAGUCACCAUGGAGGCUGUCAGCCCCAGCGGACGCAGUGUCAACUGCACCUAUCAGGGCUUCUCCUCCAGUGCAUGCUGUCCAUCAGGCGUAAGGGUGUACAAGAUGUCUGGCAACACUUUGCGGCUGCACUGGCGCACCACUGGCAGCGAGCACCGUUACGUAGCCCAACUCACGGGUAGCAACAACUCCUACAACUGCACCACCUCUGCGGGAGAGAGCAGCUGCGAUAUUGCAGACGUCCAAUGUGGAGACGCUUAUCACGUGGUGGUUGCCCCAUUGACGCCAGAAGGAAGCAAAGUCUCAUUUUGCACUCAGAGGGUUUAUUCAGUCACUUGCACCGAAAGUGAUAUUGGCACAGUGAUUUACAGAGGCAAGAGAAGUCUGGAUCAGUAAGCCUGCUGUCAUAUGAUGCAAGUGCCCUGCUGUAAACUCAUCGUCAAUCUGCAUCAUCCCCUCCAUGUUUGGGUCCAUCUUCUCAGCCAGUAGGGAAGGCACCUUAUCGUUGGUUUCAUUUGUUAGUACCUUCCUGAGGUGAUUGUAAGGCUCCUUCCUGUAAGGCUUCUUCGCCAAGUCUACACUUUUUAUAAGUGUAAAAAUGAAACAUGUCACAUGUGUUUGGCUACGUUUACGAUUUUGUCAGUGAUGUGCGCUUAACGACUGUCCUUCCUUCCUUCCUUCCUUCCUUCCUUCCUUCCUUCGGCAACCCAUCCAUACAAAGUAAAUUUAUAGUCAUUGUACCAAGUAGGAAGCCUCCUGAGUCUGAACAUGAACAAUAAUGAGUGCCUUUGUUACUGUCAAAUUGUAUACUGUCUUUCUCAGGAUGAUUUAAAUGCUUUGAAAUGUCACUUGGGUUUUGCACACCCAGUGCGUCUUUCUGAGAAUAAAUGAAUUCCCCAGUA